AUCCAAUGCCAGGCUACUGCUAGAAGGAAUAGCCUAGAUUUGAAUUGAGGUUGAAGACUUUACCCAAACCAUUCUGACGUGUUAUAAAGCGCCACACUGUCGUAAGAAUCUAAUCUAGUUUUUUGUUAUUGCUGUGGGGUGAUAAAAUAGAUUUCACGGCUAGCGUAGUGUUACGUAAGAGUCGCUAGCUUUAUCCAAGGUGCUGAACUGAACGGAAGCCUAGCUUACUAAGGGACACGACGAAUAUUGGCCAUCUUGCUCCAGAAGGUCAUAGGCCUACCCGUGAGGGAGAGGACUGCACCGGAAUUUGGUGAUACACAUUUUCCGUGUCGAAAGCGGUUUCGGAUAAUUUUUUUAUCGACCUGGUGAACGUAAUUCCUGAGGUGGUCUACUAUACGGGGAGAAAAUGUCGGGGCAGACGCUCACAGAUCGCAUUGCCGCUGCGCAAUACCAGCUGACGGGAUCAGACAUGGCUCGUGCCGUCUGCAAAGCCACCACUCACGAGGUGAUGGCGCCGAAGAAGAAGCACCUUGAGUAUCUGAUCUCCGCCACCAACGCCACAAAUGUCAACAUCCCUCAGAUGGCCGACACGCUGUUUGAAAGGGCCACCAACGCCAGCUGGGUCGUGGUCUUCAAGGCCCUCGUCACUACUCACCACAUGUGUGUCCAUGGCAACGAGAGGUUUAUCCAGUACCUGGCAUCCAGAACAGCACUGUUCAACCUCAGCAACUUUAUCGACAAAACUGGCUCUCACGGAUAUGAUAUGUCUACCUUCAUCAGACGAUACGGCCGCUACCUGAAUGAGAAGGCCUUCGCCUAUCGCCAGAUGGCUUUCGACUUCACCAAGGUCAAGAAAGGCGCUGACGGGGUGAUGAGGACCAUGACUCCUGAGAAACUCCUGAAGGGCAUGCCCAUCCUGCAGGCCCAGAUCGACACGCUGCUGGAGUUUGAUGUCCAUCCCAAGGAGCUUAACAACGGCAUCAUCAACGCAGCGUUCCUGCUGCUCUUCAAGGACCUGGUGAAGCUCUUUGCCUCCUACAAUGACGGUGUCAUCAACCUGCUGGAGAAGUACUUCAAAAUGAAGAAGAGUGACUGCAAGGAGGCUCUGGAGAUCUACAAGAGGUUCCUGACCAGAGUGACCAAGAUCGGAGAAUUCCUGAAGCUCGCUGAGACUGUUGGAGUUGAGAAAAAUGACAUUCCUGACAUCAACUAUGCUCCCAGCAGCAUCCUGGACUCUCUGGAGACGCAUAUGAACAGCCUGGAGGACCAGAAGGGAGGAAAGAAGGGGUCUCCUACAAAGGGAUCUCCCACCAACAAUGUGUCCCCCACCUCCACGCCCGCCAAGUCAGCUGCUGUCCCGACUCUCGAGCCCCCGCCCACUGAGACGGAUUCCCUGUUGGACCUGGAUCCUCUCUCCUCUUCAGGACCGUGUGUCGGGGCGUCAGCAGCCCCCACAUCCUGGGGAGACCUCCUUGGGUCAGAGAUGGCCGAGUCCCUGCUUCCAGCCCCAACCCUUGCUGUAGACUCCACCCCCUCUCCCGCUGCGGUAACUCCCUCCCCUGCUGCCGUGGAGACAGCUCUGGCUCCUCCCACUAGCGCCGCCGCCAGUAUGGACCUGCUGGGAGAUGCAUUUGCUACCCCUGCUGCUCCUGGCGAUGCCCCUGCUGCAGCCGAGGGCGGGGCUACGGAAGCCACACCCACCCCAGCAGCAGACCCUGGAGCCGAGUCCACCGGAGGUGAGCCCCAGCCAGCAGCUCCUGGAGCAGAGCUAAUGUCAGUUUUUGAUGGGCUAGGUGAUGUGAUGAAGCCUGCUGUGACGCCACAGGGCUCCUCCACCAUAGGAGCCUCUUCUCCCAGCAAGCCCAUGGGAGACCUGGACUCCACCAUGGCUAACCUGGCUGGCAAUCUGGGAAUGGGCCCUGCAGCCCCCCCUCAGGUAGCUCCACCCAGCUGGGGUGCGCCCAUGAACGUCCCCAUGGGAAUGCCUCCUUAUAUGGGCUCUUUCCCUAACCCUGGACUCUGCAUGUCUGGGGCCCCCGGGGCUGGAGCGCCCAUGAUGCCGAUCGUCAGGCCAGGCUUCCCUUCAGCCGGGGCCUCCGGAGCCCCGAUGUCUCCAGGCAUGGCUCAGAGCCCCCGCAGGCCUCCGCCCCCGAAGAACGCCCUGGAUGAUCUCAACAUCAAAGACUUCAUGUAGACCUCCCCAAGCGGUUGUCGUUGUGGAUGUGGAUGUGCGCCCUCGUUACCCCACCUCCCUCGUCAUAUCCCAGCCAAUCAGCCAUCAGCACUACUCGGCUCCUCCCUUCUUAAACUCUGCCCUUUCCGUCUAAUGUUGUAGCACAAAUUGUGAUUGUGAACUCAUAGAUACAGAAAUCAAAAACAGUGUAUGUGCGUGAGUGUGUGUUCUUCAAUGUUAUCCUUGACUUAAACUAAGAGAAAAAAGCACCAUAAAAAACAAGUGUAUUUAGAUUAAUUCAGGAUUUUCUGCUCAUCAGCUGACUUGGAAUGGUGGAUAUGUGUUUUCCCAGACGAGGACUGUGUUGUUUAUUGUGGACUGUUUUUGAUGUGUGGCCAAUCCCUGCCCUUUCCCUCCCUGUUGUCCAGUCAGACACUGAGCUGUGUUUAUGACGUCCCUCCAUGCUUGGUUCUCUCCAUCCUACCAGCCAGCCUCUCUGACAACAGUUACAGAACUGUAUAGGCCUGCAAUUUUCAUCACAAACUUUGUUUUACGUAGAGACAAAUCAUGUCAACUCAUGCUUUCUGUUGAUCUUAUUUUUGUUUUAUAUUUUGUCCCUUUUGAGGAUUGUGACUUACAUGCAAAACUUGUUGACUAUGUUCGAAUUGACAUAUGCAUUUCAGAUAAUUUUAAAGAUAGAUUUCACCUAUAUUUAUUUAAUCUUUAUUUUGAAAGAAAUUGUAUCAUAUAUUUUUGUCAUGUUUAUGAAUCCCAUGGUGGAAAAAGCAAAAAGUCCCUUUCCCUCUUGUACAUAAUCUCAUCUGUAUUCAGAGCGGGUUUGAAGGCAAACUCAGCCCCAACUAUUCCCUGUUGCUCCCCUUGGUGGUGUGGAGUGGUACUGCAUCUUAGCAUGUCAAUCCAGGUUGACCUGGGCUGUGUUCCAAUACUCCACCUUUCUUUGUCUCCUUUUCUUGUCUCCUCUCCUAUUCGAACAACAAAUUGAGUAAGUACCAACAAAAAAGUCAGAUAGCAUAAACCUCUACAUCUUGCUUGCUGAUUAGGGGUUGCAGAGAGAAAGGUACAAGGAGAGGUGGUGUGUAAAGAGAUGGGCCCCCUGGCCCAUGUGUUUGUGGAGCAGAUCAGUGUGGUUGUACAGUCUCCAAUGGUGGUGCUAAAGAAGUCUUUCACUGUAAAGCACUCGGAUAUACACUGGAUGUUUGUGUUUUUUUCUCCAAAAGUGAUUACUGUAUCUUAAUCUGUUGUGAAAAAGACUAAUAAAACAAGAAUGUGAUGAAAUAUG